AUGGCAGAGGCUGGUGUGCAGUGGGAUGCAGCCCGCAACCUUAUAACCUUUGAGGAUGUUUGUAUAUACUUCACCCAAGAGGAGUGGGAGCUACUUGAUGCUCAGAAACGUCUAUACUGUAAUGUGAUUCUGGAGAACUUUCUACUGGUGACCUCAGUGGGAUUUGCAAUUUCCAGAUACCAUUUAAUUCCCCAACCACGGCCAGUGAGAGAGUCUGUAGUUCCUGAAAAUGUGGCGAUAGGUCCAGCCGAGGCAAGGAUCGUCCAGGGGAGCCUUUGCCCUUGUCAUAAAGUAGAAAAUGAAGAUGAAUCUUUUGAGCACGGUGUUUCUAUAAAAGACUCACAGAAGGAUGAGGAGGACUCCUUGGCCAGCACUGGACUUGUCCAGCCCCAUGUGACUCAAGAUGAGGAGAAGCCAUGCAUCAGCAGCCAGUGUGAGGAAGCCUUUCAUGCUGGACAAAAAGAUUGCAAGUGCAGUGAAUGUGGGAAAACUUUUAGCAACAAAGACAAAUGUGUCCAACACCAGAAAAUCCACACUGGAGAAAAGCCUUACAAGUACAAUGAUUGUGGGGAUGUUUUUGUCUGCAACUCCAGCCUCCAAGAACACCAGAGAGUUCACAUGGGAUCAAGGUCUAAUGACUGUGCUGAAUGUGGGAAAUCUUUUAUCAGAAAAUCCCAUCUUAUUCAGCACCAGAGAAUUCACACUGGAGCAAAACCUUUUGAAUGCAGUGAAUGUGGGAAAGCCUUUGGCCACAAAGAUACACUUACGCAGCACCAGAAAACUCACAGUGGAGAAAGGCCUUUUAUGUGCAGCAGAUGUGGGAAAGCCUUUCUCCACAAAGAUGCGCUUGCUGAGCACCAGAAAAGCGACACUGGAGAAAAGUCCUACAAGUGCGAUAGAUGUGGGAAAUUCUUUAGCCACAGCUCCUACAUUAAAGUACAUAAGAGAAUUCACAGUGGAACAAGGCCUUAUGUGUGCAGUGAAUGUGGGAAAGCCUACAUCAGCCAUCCCCACCUUAUUCAACACAAGAAAAGUCACACCACAGCAAAGCCUAUGGAUGAAAAGAAUGAGGAAAAUUCUUUCAUGACAAGUCCAGCGUCAGUAUGCACUGGAGACACAGCACCAGAGCAAAGCCGCAUGUGUUCAGCGAAUGUGGAGGGCUGA